UACCGACUCACCACUAGUGGCCAGUUGCUAAAAUGACUUCAAUAGAGAAUCUGUUGUUGAAUUUACUGGAAUCUGAAUCAGAAGAUGAAGACCUUAUGAUUAUGUGUAAUGUAAUUGAAAAUGAAAAACGAGGGAAAAAAAGGAAGAGAAAUAUGUAUUUAAAAAGAAGAGAAACCCAUGGAGAGUAUAAGUUAUCUACGGAACUUCCCGACAACGUUUUUAAGGAAUCUUUUCGCCUCAAUCGAAGCCAGUUCUCUGAGGUUCAUGGUAUAAUCCGGGAUGAUAUAGUAGGGAGAGAAUGCAAUGCUCAAAAACCUAUUGGCAGUGAAGAAAAAUUGGCCGUAUGCCUCAGAUAUUUGUCCAUGGGUGACACAUUUAAAACUAUAGCAUUAAGCUAUAGGAUGGGGGAGAGAACUGUAUCAAAUAUUGUACAACAAGUGUGUGAAGCCAUUUGGAGACGUUUGCAACCAAUUUACAUGCCUCAGCCAACGAAGGAAAUUUGGAAGAGCAUUGCAGGAGAUUAUGAAAGGAAGUGGCAGUUUUAUAACUGCCUUGGAGCUAUUGAUGGGAAGCAUAUUUCCAUUCGGAAGCCACUUAAAAGUGGGUCUUCAUUUUUUAACUACAAAAAAAAUUUUUCAGUAGUUCUAUUGGCAACUGUUGACGCUAAUUACCGGUUUACAACUGUCGACGUCGGUUCCAUGGGAAGAUUUAGUGAUGGAAACAUUUUUGCCAACUCUCCGUUAGGAAAGUUGCUGUCCAGUGGGUCAAUGGAUUUACCUGAACCAAAAAGUUUACCAGGACAAGACACCCUAACGCCUUACGUAUUUAUUGGUGACGAAGCGUUUCCGUUAAUGCCUCAUUUGAUGCGGCCAUAUCCUAAAGUCAGAGUCACCAAUAAUUAUGAAAAUAAAGUUUUUAAUUAUAGACUAUCUCGAGGGCGACAAACCGUAGAAUGUGCGUUUGGUAUACUGGCGGCUAGAUUUCGUGUGUACAAGAGACCGUUUGAGUGUAAAUUGGAAACCAUUGAUAAAGUAGUGCUAGCUACCAUUGUGCUUCAUAAUUAUUUGAGAACUCAGACUAUUUCCAGUGCUAAUUUGCAGGGGGAAGACAGUGAAAUCACUGUAGCGACACUUGACAACAAUCAACUUGCUUCCUUACCAAGGAACCGGAGCAGAUGUUGUAACGAAGCAUUUUUCAUCAGACAGACGUUUACCGAUUGUUUCAAUUCUGCUAAUGGGUCAGUUGAUUGGCAACGUAGAGCGGUUGAGAGAGGACAAUUUUGAAUAUUACUAAAAUAAUUUCAUUUAUUUAUAUCUAUUUUGUAAAGUAGUAGCAACUAUCUAAGCGAACCAUUAAUAUUCAUUUCAGCGGGGUGCUAUUGUUAGAGGUGUGGAAUUCCAUAAACAAUAGAUCUAUGUCUUUUAUGAAAUGAUCCCUUGUUUAUGCAAUUUCACACCUCUAACAGUAUCACCCCGCUGAGCUGAAUAUUAAUGAGCCUCUUAGAUACCUGGUAGGUACGGGUAUACGUUUCACUUACAAAUUAUUAAUUUUAUACCUUCAAUGUGUUUAAAAUAUUAGUAAUAUCUUUAAUUAUGAUUUUAACUGUGUAAUAAAUUACUACCACACCAACAACGCAUUACAUAUUUGCAUUUUUCUAUAGUCAAAACCAGUUUACUGUAAUAAGUCGCACCUUUGGAGAAACACUGACGUAAUUGCAAAUUUUUCACAAAAAUUUAUUUAAUCAACACUACGAUAUUCCUAAUAUUCGUUUUUGUCUAAAGGAACAAAAAAACAAAGAAUUAUAACUAUUCUCCAUUUCGCUAGAUCAAGUGUACCUGUGUAUAUCAAAGAAUGUCAGAUUGUCAGUUGUGCGUGACACAACAUUAGUAUGCAAUGGUAAAAUUAUG